AUGUCCUUUUCGCUGACCGCAAGGCGUUCUGCAGCUGGCAAAGUGCUUUACAGGCCUGUUGCUAGACGUUGCAGUCGCUUGCUUGUGUCGGGCUUCAGUACAACGAGUACCGUUAGCUACGUGAAUAGGAAAGACAUACAGACGCUCGAAGAUCUGACGAAACUGGACUCUCUGAAGGGUGUUGAACCGGAGCUUAUAAAAAGAUUGAUCGAUGAACGAACUAGCGAGCUAAAUACCAAGAAUGAGCUCGAAAUGCUGAGGAAAUUCGACAGAGAAGAGCAGUUGCUGCGCCAAUCGCCGCUAAGAAGGUUCACCAGACCUUUCUGGAUAUUCCUGGUAAUGAGCUCGACAGUGUACCUUGCGUGUCAUUAUGUGUGGUGGCGACUCGAGUACGAGGAGAAAGAGAUCGAUUAUGCCAGACGUGUGGAAGAGCUCGAAACUGAGCUGAACGCUCUCCUGGCGCAAAAGGAUGAAGAAAUCGGUCAGGAGAGGGAGGAUUCUUGCGCCAGACCAUGGUUUAGACGUUGGUUCUUCUGA